AAAAAAACAUCAAAAAAACAAACAAAAAAACAUUAUUUUAUUAUUAGAGAUAAAACAAAAUAAAAGAAGACCAACCAUAUAAUAAAAAAUAUACUUAAAAUUAUAAAAAUGGCAUCGAACGAUUAAUACAUACAAAAUUUUUAUUAACCAAAUGAUGAAGAAAAUCCUAUGAAAAAAGAUAGUAUUACUAACAAAAAUAAAAAUUCUUAAAGAAAAUAAAGCUCACGUAGUGAAGCAUAUUAAGUUCCUGAAUUUAGCAAUGAUGUUAGUAAAUCUGAAAAACAUCAAGAUAUCUCUUAAAUAAAAGAAGAGAAGGAGGACUCAAAAAGCAAUUUUGAUAAUAAUGAUCAUUUCGAUGAAGUGAAAUAAUAAAAUAUUGAAAUUUAGUAGGACAUAAACUAAAAUCAGAAUAAUAUUCCUAUAUAACAGUCUGAAAAUGUUCCUACAACUAAGAAUAAUUAUAGUACAGAACAGCUCAAAAAUUUUCAAUAAGAUAUUGAACUAUAACAAAAAAUAAACAGCUCUCCAGGAAAUUAGGCCAUACAAUUAAAUAAGCUGCAAGACAUUGACUUCUCCGACCCUAAAAAUAGAGAAAUACUGGAGGAUUAAUUCUUUAACAAUUCUGAUAACCCUAAAAUGUCAUCAGAAUAUGAAAAGUAAUAAGAACAAAAGAAUAGUGUUAUUCCUAAAAAGUUUUAAUAUUUAUCACUAUUUUUGGCUUUUUCAGGAUUGAUAUUAAUUGUUGUUGGAUUUAUUGUAGCUUUCUCAGGAUCAGACACAAAUUUAUUGAAAGGAGGAGCCUUUUGGGUCAUAGGAGCUAUAUGUUGUAUACCAGGAGUUUACUAUAGUGUGAAAAUAUAUCGUACAAGAAUGGCUAAAAACUUAGAAGAGCGCUUAGAAUAAGUAUAAGACAUCCCACGUUACUGA